AUGCAUUUCAAGAACGUUGCCAACUUGGCCAUUGUUGGAGGUGCGGUCCUGGCUACCGCCCAUCCUGGCCACGAAGAGAAGCGUGCUGCUUCCGAGCUUCUGGAAUUCAAGGCCAACAUGCGUCGAGGGCUCGAGAAGUGCGCCGCUCGAUUCGAGAGCAGCGGAUUGAACGCCCGUGCAGAGGUUCGCCGUAGGGCCCUGGUUGACUCGCACCGCAAGCGUCUCGCUGCACGGGAUACCUCCUCGGUUCUCGCCACCAACCACAAUGAGACCGGCAAUGGCAUCACUGCCGACUCCUCCGAGAGCGAAAUCUUUGGCAGUAGCAGCAGCUGCGUUCUCAACCCCGAGGGCGAGACGGGCCCUUACUACGUUCCAGGCGAAUACGUCCGCGCGGACCUUCGCGAGAGCCAGCCUGGUGUGCCUGUGACCAUCGAGGGCCAGUUUGUCGACGUCGAGACCUGUGAGCCCAUCACCGACCUGUACUGGGACAUCUGGAACUGCAACGCCACAGGCGUCUACUCCGGCCUGGUCGCCACUGGCAACGGAAACACUGCCGACACCUCCAACCUCAACGCGACCUUCCUGCGGGGUAUCCAGAAGACCGACUCUGACGGUGUCGUCACCUUCAACACCCUCUUCCCGGGGCACUACUCCGGCCGCACCACCCACCACCACAUGGUGGCUCACCUGGAUGUGACAGUGCAGGAGAACAACACGAUUACCGGGGGCACUGUCGCUCAUAUCGGACAGAUCUUCUGGGAUCAGGACCUAAUCAACGCGGUUGAGGCCACGUCCCCGUACAACGAGAACACGGUCACCCUCACCACCAACGCGGAGGAUCGCGUCUUUUCCGACGAGACGGAGAACUCCACCUCGGACCCGGUGUUGAACUAUGUCUAUAUUGGCGACGACUUGAGCGAUGGGCUUUUCGGAUGGAUCACCAUCGCCGUCAACGUCUCCGCCACCUAUGACCCCAACUACAGCUUCAUCUACACCUCCAGCGGUGGCGAAGCUGUUGAUGACAGCUCAUCCUCGACUGGAGGAAGCUCGCCCGGUGGUGGCCAGUCCAGCGGCUCCGGUGGACCAGGUGGGAGCGGCCAGUCCAGCGGUGGCCAGCCUGGUGGCUUUUGA